AUGACAUCUAUAGGAGGGAGAUGUCCCAUGACAUCACUAUAUCACAGUGAACGUUCGUUCGAAACAUGCGAUUGUGCAUCCUCGGCUAAAUGUGUUCGCAAAUCAGCACUGCUAAAUAAUACUAGUGGCGCCGUAAUAUUUACAGUACCAGGCAUUUAUAUUGGCUGUUAUGUAGUGGAAGCAUUGCUUCAAUCCGAUCUCACAUGUUUCUACAAUCAAACGUGUAUUACUCAGUUACAAUCGUAUUUGUUUUCUCGUGUACCAAUCAAUGUAACAGUUCUUGAUAAGUCAGUAUUACUUAAUUUUUCUGAAAAUUCAACUGUUGAAGCCAUCAUCGAUGAACUAAUGGUCGAUGAAUGGGAUAAAUUGAUACUUUAUAAGAAUUAUUAUAAUGAAUGUAAACCCACAAAAUGUAUAUAUACUUACGAAACAAAGUACAGUAUUAUUUAUAUCAUCACCAUAUUAGCUGGAUUGAUUGGUGGUCUAACAACAGCUUUGAAAUUGAUAGUACCUCGAGUAGUCAGUGUUAUCGCCUUUUGCCUUCGAAAAUGGAAACUGAGACACGCUACAAUCAUGCCAACGAUUCAGACAUAA